AUGGCCGCCGAUGACUUGAUUUGUAUGGUGUCUUUAGGCGAGAAGGCCAUAUUUAUGAAGCUCUGCUCGACAACACGGUUUUAUGAACUGAAAUUUGAUGUGGCUGAAAGAAUGAAAGUACCUGAAGAAGCUUUAUCCUUGGUAUAUAAAUCUGAGAGGCACCCCAACUUAACUUUUUUGGUUGACAACGAAGAUGACUUGAAGUGCAUGUUGGAGUACAAUCGAAAUGUCGGUUGUACAGAGAUUCACAUGCUCGCUGUUGUUAAUAGUGCUGUUAAUAAAGAGUGUUCCAGUUCUGAAAUAAACAAGAAAGUUAUUGGUGGAAUCAGUGAUGCCUCUUUGAAUGAAGAAUAUUGUCAUCCCCCUUCUGGCGGAAAUGCUUCCAAUUCAGAGAGAAUCCCAAAUGAUUGCCUGUCUGGUGAGAUUGUAAUGAGAGCUGAUGAUAUUAUCAGUAAAACUUACAGCAUUCCAGACUGUUGGCACACAACAUUAACUGAAAAGGGCCAACAAUUUGAAACUGUUAAUGAUUUGAGACUAGCGUUGCAAUACUAUUCCAUGGCGAAAAAGUUUGACUACGACUUUGUAAAGAAUGAACCUAAACGUAUCCGAGUUAUUUGUCGAUAUAAGGAGACGUAUGGAUGCCCUUGGAUGCUGUUUGCAUCCCCUGUAAAAAAUGAAAAAAGAAUUAAAAUCAAAAGGUUUGUGAAUGAACAUAGUUGCAGACAACAUACUAACUUGUCAGGACAAUCACGGGCAUCUUGUAGAUUCGUAGCAGAACAAUUGCGACUUGUCUUAAAGGUUCGACCUGAAAUCCGUCCAAAGGAUGUGCAAAAGGAGUUCCUCACUCGAUAUAGAUUGAAACUUGAAUACAGUAAGAUAUGGUGGGGCAAAGAAAGAGCACAGGAGGCUAUGUACGGUGAUAGUUAUGAGUCUUACGAUCAAUUAAGAUGGUAUGAGCAAAAGGUGAAGGAAACAAAUCCAGGAAGCUACAUUUGCAUUGACCAGAAUGAAGGAAGACCUCUAUUAUUUUUGGAUGAGACCUUCUUGAAAGAUAGAUACAAAGGCCUGCUCCUGAGCGCUGUAGCAUAUGAUAGAGACCAAGGGAUAUUUCCACUUGCGUAUUGCAUAUGUGAUCAGGAAAACGUUGAUAAUUGGAGAUGGUUCCUGCAAGGCUUGUGGUCUAUACUGUACGAAAGGCCAGACCCAUACAAUCCUCCCCAUCAACUGGUUAUUAUUUCUGAUGCCGACAAGGGAAUCCAAGAAGCGGUGAGAGAAUAUUUUCCUGAAGCAAUUCACUCAAGAUGUGUUCUGCACCUGGUUGAAAAUUUUAGAUCUAAGCUAAAGGCUUUGGGAUUGAAGGCAAAGGACACACAUGUUUUGGGGAAUUUGCUCCAAUCAGCUUGCUAUAAAUACAUUGUUGCGGAAGGGAACGACUACAUGAAGGAUAUAUAUGAGAUGUCUCCAGCUGCAUAUGAGAUUGAAAACGUUGAUAAUUGGAGAUGGUUCCUGCAAGGCUUGUGGUCUAUACUGUACGAAAGGCCAGACCCAUAUAAUCCUCCCCAUCAACUGGUUAUUAUUUCUGAUGCCGACAAGGGAAUCCAAGAAGCGGUGAGAGAAUAUUUUACUGAAGCAAUUCACUCAAGAUGUGUUCUGCACCUGGUUGAAAAUUUUAGAUCUAAGCUAAAGGAUUUGGGAUUGAAGGCAAAGGACACACAUGUUUUGGGGAAUUUGCUCCAAUCAGCUUGCUAUAAAUACACUGUUGCGGAAUGGAACGACUACAUGAAGGAUAUAUAUGAGAUGUCUCCAGCUGCAUAUGAGAUUGUAAUUAACUACUCGCCAGAGCAUUGGGCGAAUGCCUUCUUCCCUGGCAUUAGGUACUGCCCUCAAUCAUUUCUAGUGAAUAUCCCCUUUUGCAGAUAUGGUCAUGUAGCCUCUAACGUUGCAGAAUUCUUUAACAGCUGGAUACGUGAAGCUCGAAUGCUGCGUAUCCUGCAAAUGGUGGAGCAUAUCCGCAAGCAAAUUAUGACUUGCAUGAACAACAGACGCAUAAUGGCUGAAAAGUGGACAAGCUAUCUUUGUCCUAAAGCUGAGUAG